CCCCGCAAUAGAGCUUUACAGUUGGUUAGGUACAGUACAAGACGCAGCGGAACGACCCGGCGGGAUGGUUGCCGUCUCAACCCCGACGUCGCACAAUCUCAUGCAGCAGGGAAGCAAUACCAACAUCCACAACACAGCACAACAACCCAAAUCUCUCUUGUUCACGAUGAACCGCAUCUCUGCCUGGUUCGAUUCGCAUCCUCUCAACCCUGACGGCUACGAUUUCGACCAUCACAUCUACCAACGCCCCUCUAAACGGCGGUGCCUCGGCGGUUCGGGGAUCGCGUCGCGGAAACACUACGCCGCAAAGGCGGCGCCAACAUCAACCAGACGCGUAUGGAUCACGUACGCUAUGCGCCUUUUGCCGUCAGCAUCGAAUCGAAGCGCGCCGCCGGUGAGGAUUAGGCAUAUGUAUAACUCGUGGUGUGGGUGUGGGCGCAGUUCUCGCGUCUGCGGCAGCUUGUACCGACGGCUAAGUCGUGGCCCGUACUACUACUGGUGGUUGUGUAAGGGUACGAGUGGCAGUUACUAUUCGCUGAAAUGGUGGAUAGCGGAUGCGUAAUACGGAUUCUGUAGUACGUUGUGCUUAGGGCUACGGAUAUUG